AUGCACCCCCUCACUCUCCUCCUCGCCUCCAUGGCCGGCCUAGCCACCGCCCAAACCAACACCGCCCUCCGCAGCACCUUCCCCAUCCCCUCAGCAACAACCCACCUCUCCGCAGCCCGCACCAUCCCCGCCGGCCAAACCCUCGACGGCGGCAUGAAACAAUGGGACCGCUCCCCCUCGACCUGCUCCGACCAGUCCGAAGGCGGCGAAAAAGACGCCGUCUUCAUCCUCCAAGAGGGCGCAACCCUCUCCAACGUCAUCAUCGGUCCCAACAACGGCGAGGGCGUCCACUGCAAAGGAACCUGCACCCUCAACAACGUCUGGUGGACCGACGUCUGCGAGGACGCCGCCACCUUCCGCCAAACCUCCGGAACCUCCUACGUCAACGGCGGCGGUGCCCGCGGUGCCAGCGACAAAGUCUUCCAGCACAACGGCGGGGGUUUGGUCGCCGUCAAGAACUUCUAUGCCGCCAACAUCGGCAAGUUGUAUCGCUCUUGCGGGAAUUGCGGGACGCAGUACGCGAGGCAUUCGACGUUUGACAAUAUCAAGGUCGAGGGGUCGUCGCAGGUGGUGGCGGGGGUGAAUGCUAAUUUUGGGGAUACCACCAGUGUGAGGAAUAGCUGUUUGCUCAAGGGGUCUGCGUGCUGGAUUUAUCAGGGGAAUAACAGUGGCAAGGAGCCGACCAAAAUUGGGAGUGGUCCUUCCGGUACGGCCUGUGCUACUGCUGCUAUCAAGACUUCGGGGUGCUAG